UACCGCGCAUGCGCUCUUGUCUAUUUCGGAAGUGGCUGCCGAUGCACGGGCUACGCGCGCUCCUCGGACUCGGCUUUUUGGUGGGCGGCGCGCGCCUGGCUGUGCGCGGAGAGACGUGCCCGCGCUGGCAGGGUCUAACCGGAGUCGGGAACGCGCGCUACAGAGAGUACCGAGCAGGGGCAGGAAGCAUGGAGGGGCUCCUGAGAUACCUCAGCCAGGAAGAGGCCCAGGCCGUGGACGAGGAGCUAUUCAACGAGUACAAAUUCAGCGUGGAUCAGCUGAUGGAACUGGCCGGCCUAAGCUGUGCCACUGCCGUAGCCAAGGCCUAUCCAAUCAGCUCGUUUACAUCAGGUCUACCCACCGUGCUAGUGGUGUGCGGCCCCGGAAAUAACGGGGGCGACGGCCUCGUCUGCGCCAGACACCUCAAGCUCUUUGGUUAUGAACCAGCCAUAUUUUACCCAAAGAAGCCAAACAAGACACUCUUUGAAAACCUGACUACGCAGUGUCAAAAGAUGGACAUCCCAUUUCUGGCUGAGUUCCCGCAAGAGGCCAAGGUGAUUGAUGGAGCCUAUAAUUUGGUCGUUGACGCCAUUUUUGGAUUCAGUUUCAAGGGUGCAGUCCGGGAGCCCUUUGCAAGAAUCCUGAGCACGUUGAAGCAAAUCACCGUACCCAUUGCUAGCGUGGAUAUCCCCUCAGGUUGGGAUGUGGAGAAGGGAGGCCCAGAUGGGAUCCAGCCGGACAUGCUCAUCUCUCUGACUGCUCCCAAGCUGUCCGCACGCAAUUUCACCGGGCGUUACCAUUAUCUGGGUGGACGGUUUGUGCCCCGGGCUCUGCAGGAGAAGUACAAGCUGAACCUCCCAUCAUACCCUGACACCGAUUGUGUUCGGAAACUGCCUUAGAAACCCUAUACGAUAAGGACAGGGCUUUGCAAGGGAUUGGAACUCCAGUGUUCUAAACAAAGAGAUUUUGGUCUGAGCAGCAGAUCUCCUACUUCGGUCAAUGCCGUAUUGUUGAGGCAAAUGCAGCAGUAUUCAGCUUCUGGAAAUAUAAUUAUUUUGUUGGGUUUUCUUUUGGAAUAACUAUAUCCUUCAGCUCUGUUUCAAAGACUAAGCACUUAAUACAACUCUAUCUAAAA